GUAUACUGUAAGUAUGUAUUAGUAUAAUGUAAAAGACAUUACUAUGUACUAUAAUUCUUUUCUAUUACGUACUUUUCUACUUUUCUACUUUUCUGCUUUUCUACUUUUUCUGUUCUGUACCUUUUUUUUGGUGAGCAUACUUAACAUCCAACCUCAUCACACUCAAAUUAUCACCACACUAUAUACAUACAUCCAUAUAUAUACAUAACACCAGCCAUAAUGGAUAGAAGAAGAUUACUUGGACCUUUGAAUACAGUGAUACCGAAUAUAGGUAUAUCAUCAGAAAUCAAUGGAUCGAAAUCUACUCCUCAAACUGGCAUAUCAUCAUCAUCAUCAUCUAAUAAGAAUGAUAUUGAAAAUUUCUUCUUAAAGACAGGAAUUAUUGAAAAUGCUAAUGGAUCAGCAUAUUUAGAAGUUGGAAAUAAUGUUAUUGAAGUUCUGGUGUUUGGUCCUAGACCAAUUAGAGGAUCUUUCAUUGAUCGAGCAUCAUUUUCAGUUGAAUGUAAAUUUUUACCUUAUAUAUCUCAACCAGGUGAUGAAUUAUUUAAUACCAAUAAUCAAUUUAAUAAUUCAAAUUCAAAUACAAAUGCUAAUGGUAGAACUGGGUUAACAACUAUUGAACAUAAGAUAUCUUCUUAUGUUGAAACUGCUUUAUUACCUUCAAUAAUUCUUGAAAAAUAUCCUAAAUCAACUUUUGAUGUAUUUGUAACUAUAGUAGCUACUGAAACUCCAACUUAUAAUUCAAAUGAAAAAUUAAUGAGAUUAACUAAUUGGAUAGUUAAUUGUGCUUCAGUAGCUUUAGUAGAUGCUAAUGUAGAAGUUAAAGAUAUAGUUACUAGUGGAAUUGUUAAAUCCAAUAAAUCUGGUGAUAUAAUUAUUGAUCCUCGAGGUCAAAUAGAAGAUGAACAAAAUGAACAAGAUGAACAAGAUGAUCAAAAUGAAGAAAAUGUAUUGGGAGUUGCCAGUUUUAUGAAUUUAAAUAAUGAUCAACUUGUAGGUAUAUGGGUAGAAGGUGGAGAUAUUGAUCAAGAUUUAGUUACUAAAGUAAUAAAUGGAUGUAAUGAUAUGUCUAAGAAAAUAAGAGCUAACAUAAACUCCUUCUUAAUAGAUAGUUUACAGUAAAUAUAUAGCA